GGCGACCCCGAGCGGGGCCCGGGCGGCGGCGGCGGCUCGGGCGCAGACUCCACCUACGCCCAUGGCAAUGGUUACCAGGAGACGGGAGGCGGUCGCCAUGGAGACGGGAUGCUGUACCUGGGCCCGCGAGCCUCGCUAGCCGACGCGCUGCCCCUGCACAUCGCGCCCCGCUGGUUCAGCGCGCACAGCGGUUUCAAGUGCCCCAUUUGCUCCAAAUCUGUGGCUUCCGACGAGAUGGAAAUGCACUUUAUCAUGUGUCUGAGCAAGCCCCGCCUCUCCUACAACGAUGAUGUGCUGACUAAAGAUGCGGGCGAGUGCGUGAUCUGCCUGGAGGAACUUCUGCAGGGGGACACGAUAGCCAGGCUGCCCUGCCUGUGCAUUUAUCACAAAAGCUGUAUAGAUUCGUGGUUUGAAGUGAACAGAUCUUGCCCAGAGCACCCUUCUGAUUGACCUGCGGGGCAUGCCUGCUGACUUCCUUCUAAGGGCACCUUGCUGUACCUGCCAUUCAUCCUGUCCCCUUCCCACCCACCCCAGCCAGAGUUUCGGGCUGGCUCUUCAACUCCUCAAAAACCAGAAACUUGAAUCCACUUGGAUGCUGCCAAUUUUUUUUUUUAAUUUAAAUGACAAAUCAAUACAGGCGAGCCUGUCCCUGCAAGCAGAGCUGUCUUCUCUCCAUACUUUCACCUCCACCGCCACUGACAUGGGGGGAGAAGAACCUGCUAAGCAAAGGAGAGGAAGUAGGACCAGUGAAUUGCGACCCUGAUGAAAUUCCGUCAUGCUGUUUGGCUUAAGGGCCUUUUCUUCCAGCCGUGAAAGGAAAGCUGACCCGGGACGGAGCUGUCAUGGGCCGACUGGAGCCCGCGUUAUUUAUUCCUAUUGAAACCCAGGUGAAUUCUUGUAUCCCUAGCGAGCGCCUCCGCGCUGGGCCGGGCCUGGCACCGCGAGCCCUGCUCACUUUUGCACUGACUACGGAUUUUUUUUUCCCUUUGAGGACACCAAACUGUAAUCAGCCGAACAUGACAGGAGACGAACGGUCCCCAGCAAGGGGGGCAGCUUCUGUUCACCUGCAGAAGGCAUUGUAGGUCUGUCUUUAAAGUGUUUACAAAAAAACAAAACAGUUCAGUGUCGACUGGUGUGUUUGAAAGGUAAUGUUUACGGACUGACCGCUCUUGAACUGGGCUAUUACCGCUCAGUGACUGAAAUAGCCAGAUGCUACCCAAAAAGCUUUCAUCCCCUCACUGGCCUCCUCCCACUCACCUUCAUGAUAGUGGCCAAAAAAGGAUUCCUUAUUUCUUUUGAUGAGUCUCCACUGAACUUUCUCCUCCUUUUGUGUGUGUGUGUAUAAGGGGGAGGGGGAAGGUUUCAUUAUAGUUAAAGGUUCUAAGUCACAAGCAUCCUGCAGAGAUGCCGGAUCCUUUUUAUUAGACCCAUGUGGAUUUUUUUGGUUCCAGACAGAAAAA